AUGAGGAAUGCGCCUUCAGCUGCGCAUCGCUUUCCGCCUGAAGCUUCCUCGCCCCGUGGAUACCAACUUCAUCAUCGGACAAAUUUAGCUGCCCACAGCACAAGCGAGAUAGAACUUGUCCCAGAAUCUUCCGUGGACUCGGCGCACUCAAGCAUGAGAUUGCCUGGAUUAGACUUGGAUCCUUAUGAUGAUCCCCAAAAUCUUACCUACUCCGUUUACGAGUUACAACAGCAAAGUCAACAUGAUGUCGCGGUUCGGCCCGGCACAAGAAUAAUAGACAGCCUCGUGCGCGAGGCGUACAGACCGACCGUCGACCUGUCUCGGGAGCAUAGUCAUCGAUCCGACGGCUCUGAAUCAGACAUGAGCGUACUUUCCCGCAAUCGGCUGAGGAGAACCGGCAACAUAGCAAUUACCAGUAGCAGUCUCGAAACUGGAAAUCGGACAAUCAGUAUUCUGUGGAACGCGUUGAAGGAGACAGAUAAGAUCGAUAUGACCAUAUCAACAGUUUUAAUUGUUGUCUCAGUGAUGUAUAUCUGCUACUUGAUUAUAAACGGAUUCGAUAAUCACGCGCACAAUAGAGCUCCAGAACCUUCUAGUGGAAAAGGUGCCAAAAAUCCUAAAAAAUUAAGUGAUUUUGGAGGUAUUCCCCCCUGGUAG